UCGUCUUCCUCUGUAAUAAACUCCCCUAAAAAAGCAAGUAACGAUUUCGUUGAAUUCAUUUCUUCGUCAUCAGCUUCAGUGUGAUUGUGAGCAGAAGCAGCAAUGGCGCUUUCCUCCGCAUUCCACGAACGGCUCCACCACAUGGACCGCGCUCGAAUGCAACGCCUCUCUCUUCUCCAGGCAGAGAAAGAAUUGCAAGGGAACAAGUCACGCGUUUUGGCUUCAAAGCUCGCUAACAUCAGAGCCACGGAACAGAGGUGCUCGUGGCUCGAUCAGAAAAUUGCGUCGCAGAAUUUCAAGCUUCUGGCUCUCAAGUCUCAAAUCGAGAACCUCGAAGCCAAGCACGAAUCGCUUUCACUAGAACUGAGGUAUAGGUCGAUGCAGAACGAGGUGGAGGAGAUUGAGGAAUUGCGCGUGAAGAGAGACUACUAUUACCAGGCAAAGAGGAUGGAAAUGAAGGAGUUCAAGGAGAUUGCGGAGAGGUUUGUAGUAAAAUGUAAAGUGGAAGUUCAGAGUUUGAGGAAUAGAGUAAACGAGUUGAGGUCAUCUUUCGUGGAACUUAAAAGCAACAGUGGCGACUAUUGCAAUUCGGAGAUAGCUGCUGCUGAAAUGAGAAAGUUGGAACUCCUGGCUGAAAAUGAGAGUGUCUGUAGAAACAUUGAUUAUAACCAACAAGUAAAAGCUCAUUUGCAAAAGCAGCUUCAGAGUAUUCUGAUUACGCAAACACAAGAUAAGGGAUCGGAGGUGAAGAGUAGUAAUGGCUAACUAUUCUUGAACUUGAAUCUGUUUCUUAGAGGCUUAGCCCUUUGUUUGUAUUGGCCAAAAGGAAAAGGACUAUUCUGAUGACACAUGAUCAAGACUCAAGAGAGUAGCAAUAAGUCGAGUAACUAAACUUUGGUCAAGGAUUGCUAAAGAUUGUUAAUUGUACCGAAAUAAUUAGAAAUAGAUAAUUCCUACUUAACCCA